GAAUUUUUCUGACGUGAAAGUGUAUGGGCCUUCGGGCUUCAUUGUCUAUUUUGGGCUUGAAUGAAUGGGCCGGGACUUGGAAGUAGCUUGGUUUCAGCAAAACUGGCCGGAGCUGGAGAUCGAAGAGUUGUUGGAAGAAAAUUGAAAUCGGAGCUAAUCGUCGGACGGGGAAGCAUUGGAGAUGACAGACUGCAAGUUUCUUUUCAGCAACGGUGUCAUUUCCUCAUCGCCCGACGUCCCUGCGGUGGCCACGUUACUUCAAUCUGACCCAGGCGCGUACACGACGACUCGGACUCACAGCGACGGCGCGUGUAUCUUAUUCUGGGAGAGGCACUUACGGCGGCUGUCAAACUCUGCCCGAAUUCUCCUCUCUAGAAGCCCGCGACUGCUCUUCAAGCCCGAGAAAUCAGAAAUUUCCUUUCCGCCGUCGUUCGUUGAGUCAUCGGCGUGGGAUUCAACGGUUAAGUCUCUGGUUAAGGACUCCGUUGACCAGGUGCUGCCGAUUGCGUUGAGAGAAGCGAAGAGAAAGGAAGGCGAGGAGCUGGCAAUCACGACUCUGGUCAGCGGGAACGCGCAGAAGGUCAGGGGAAUCGAGAGUGUGAUCGGAGCAGACAGUGUGGCUGAGGUGCUCGAUAUUUAUGUUCACUUGGCCGGCUACGUUCCUCCGGCGUUUGGUCGGCCAGAGAGUGCGGCGAGAUUGGCGGUUGUGGGACGAGGCAGAAGAGUGGCCGAAGCUAAGUAUUCCGACUGGGUGAGGUUAAGGAAGCCACUGGAGAGAUUGAGGCCAUCUUUGGUGACGGAGCUCCUUUUGUCUAACGAUGGAGACCAUUUGCUUGAAGGAUGCCUGACAAAUUUCUUCGUCGUCUGUCGCAGGGUGAGUCAUUUUGGAGAAAGAGAAGAGAAAGGAGAUGGUGAAAAUGCGUAUCAUUAUGAAGUACAGACAGCCCCCAUCGCUGAUGGUGUUCUUCCAGGAAUAAUCCGUCAACUGGUCCUUGAUGCAUGCUUAAGCAAAGGGAUACCGGUUCAAGAACUUGCUCCUUCAUGGUCAGAGCGUGAAUUGUGGCAGGAAGCAUUUAUUACAAACAGCCUGAGAAUUCUGCAGCAUGUGGAAAAAAUACAGUUCCCACAUUCAUGGGAGUCCUUGGAACAUAAAGCUCUCGAGGAUAUCUCAUGGGAGGAAAAGCAGUUUGGGAUAAAUCCUGGGAGGAUCACAUCGAUAAUCCAGAAUGAGGUGAUGAACAAGGCUGACCUGGAGGGAUAAUGAAAGAAACCAACGUUCUCAUGUGGCUGCGCAUGGUGCAGAAGGAAAUUGAGGAUUCUUUAAUGGCUUUGUUCGGCUCUUGCUUGGGUAGUUAUGUUUGUUCUUUGUGUAGCAUAUACGGAGGAGCCGCCGGCAGCUUUUUGUAAUGAGCUGGCUUCCCACAAUGGCUGUUGAUGAAAACGGCCACCUACUACAUUGCUUGGUGAUCUUCACCACUAGGUGUCGGACUAAAUAAGUGUAGCUCAAACUUACUCAACAGUUUGAGCUACAGAGGUGGUGAUUCGGCAACUUCGUCAAGGUGCUCUCUCUGACUCCAUUGAAGGUCCGGUGCUUCGGGAUUGCUCCCUUCUCCUUUCUUCCGUCUCUAUUUCUUUAGAGUUUAGGGCAGUUCCUCGGACUGCUAACAGUGCUGCCCAUAGAGUGGCGCAAAAAGCACUGUUACUCUCCCCUUUAGAGUUUUGCGCCUUUGAUUUUGUGGGUUGGCUUCUCUGAUGUAUUGGGUUGGGCAGGGUCGGGG